AUGGAAAGGCAUAAGAGCAGCGGCCGAGUAUUUUACCCAGCUCGAUUCCGACAGGUCCAUGACCCGAUUGCCAAAUGCGCCGCGCAGACACUGCUCUAUCUGAACUACACAGAUAUGUGCCACCAGCCCGAGAAGUACUGCUUGUGGCCCGGUAGAGGGAAUGGGCUCUGUGAAACACUGGUGCUGGAUUCCAUUAUCCAGGAGGUCUACGGAGGUGCCGGUGAUAGGCAGGAGCAGAAACGUCGCCGCGAUACGUUUCAUGAUCAGGUCCGAUGCGGCAGAUGGUGUUGGAAAUUACCGUGCGCUCUCGGCGUUGGCCUGUUGCUAGGUUGUGGAAAUGAUCUAUUCAGAAAGAUGAGAAACAGCAGCUUCACCAAUAUUGAGAUUGACGCUCUGGCUACAUAUGCCGUUUACUCGCGGCCAGGCACUGUGCGAUUGUUUCGCGCCUUGGACAUGCUCACAAGAUGGCUGAUCCUUGGGGGGCUGUCAGAAUACAUUAUAUAUGUCACGGAGAGCUCUGGGCCUGGUUUCCUGGAAGAAUUUGACACAUCUCGCGCCAGACGGGAGGACGAGGCGGCACUAGCGGAGCGACACUCAGAAACCGUCUGGGAAGCAGUUGACUCGGAUGCGGCAGCAAUGGAGAUGAUGCCUGAUGUUCUUGAUAGUGAAGGCUAG